AAUAUUUUAAUUACAAUUAAACCCUAUUUAGCGCUCGUCUCGUGCGAAGACAUCAUUCGGCAGCACAAAAGCGCGUGUCUCAAGAUCUCAUCCCUUCUGGCCGUCAAAGACAAGGUGUGGAUCGGGACUUCGGCCGGAAUUAUCUGCGUUUUGGACUCGAAAUCCAAUCAAUUGGAAAUCGUGCCGAACGGCCACACGGGUCACGUGCGCUUCCUCACCCAAAUGGAGACGCUGUGCGCGCGACGACUGGUCAUCAGCGGCGGCGACGGCGUGGAGGUGUACCGGACGGGACCGGGAAUGGGAACGGGAAUCCCGACGGAGGGAAGGGAAGACUCGACUAAUCAUUUGCUUUUGUGGGAAAUUAGUUGUGAA